CUAUAUUUAUUAAACAAUUAGGGAUUUGGAAUUUGCAUAUAAGUGAUGGGAUUGAAAGAAUUAGUGGCGAGGAUCACAAGGAUGAACCGUCUGCCAGAUUUCGUUUGCAAACCAGGAACCGCGUUUUAUCUACUCUCAAUCCUAACAUGUCUGGUCGUGGUAAAGGAGGCAAAGUCAAGGGAAAGUCAAAGACUCGUUCCAGCAGGGCCGGACUUCAAUUCCCCGUCGGUCGUAUCCAUCGAAUGCUCCGCAAAGGAUCGUACGCUGAGCGUGUUGGUGCCGGUGCCCCCGUCUACUUGGCUGCCGUCAUGGAGUACUUGGCCGCUGAGGUCCUCGAGUUGGCCGGUAACGCCGCCCGUGACAACAAGAAGACCCGCAUCAUCCCUCGUCACUUGCAAUUGGCCAUCCGCAACGACGAAGAGUUGAACAAACUUCUCUCCGGUGUCACCAUCGCUCAGGGUGGUGUUUUGCCCAACAUCCAGGCCGUUCUCUUGCCCAAGAAGACCGACAAACCCGCCAAGGCUUAAACUUCUCCCGUCUUUUAAUAAACGGCCCUUUUCAGGGCCACCAAUUUAUUUUGGAAAAAAGGAAUUUGCUGAGUGCUAUAUUUCGAACUUAGUUUAUUGCGCACUUCAUUUUAAUCUAGUUGUGGAAAUGAUAACGUGCAUGUUGUCUGAUUCGCAAUGGGGUACGCUUGAAUUGUUUUUGUUUCAACCUAAUUCUUGGUAUAUGAAACGGUAAAUGGCAGUACUACUACAAAUAAAAGUUGUUAAUUAAUCA